UUUAAUGCUUUUGUAAUUUUUUUUCUGUUUUACAUUUUAUUUUGUUAUUAGUUUCAGGUGACAGGAUGUCUAUCUCACUUUUUAAACUUAUAUUUAUUUUGACGCUAUUUUGUUGCAAUUUUCAUACAAGUUCUGAAUAAAAGGCAACACAUGCAGAUGUGUAAGAUAAAACAACUACAGAGCCCUGUACAGAGCUUUCUAUCAAGAAAGCAAAUAUAGAAUCAGUAUUUGCUGAAGUCUGAUUCAAACUUUUUCCAUCAUAUUCAGAUUUUUUUUUUUUUGAUGAGGUUGUGAAGUUACUCUUCAGCUCCCCGAAUGGGUCAUUUGUAAAUUAUUUAAUAAUUUACCUCGGUCCUCUCAAAAUAUGCAGUCUAAUUUCCUCCUCAAAAUUAACAUGGCUUCCUGUAAUCCUCCUCAAUCCCUAAUCUGUGCUGCUGCACGAGCGACCUCAUGUGGCCAGUUAGGAUAAACUCGAAAGUACCAGCAACUGUCCCUUAUUGCAGUGUGUGCUCACGACUGUACUAAUAUGUUUCAGUAAAUAGACUGGAAGCAUUUAAAUACAUUCUAUUCAUAACCCAGUAAUUUUAUAAUUAUUGGGUUAUGAAUAAUUAUGAAUAAAACAACUGUGUUGUUUUAUUCAUCAUUUUAUAUCAUUUUAUAUGAUUAUUUUCCAGGUUGAGUAACAAGUAUGAAAAAUAAAGUUUCAGAAAUAUUUUAAUUGACAUACUUUAUUUGUCAUUUCAUCUGUCCGUCCGUCCGCCUGUAACCACCUUCAAUUAAUCCAUAAUAAUCCAUUGUUCUUACAUUUUAAAUUGUACUAAAAAAGGACUGAAUAUUUGAGUCUGGAAAAGAGUUGGAUUUUGACUUGAAUAUUAUGUUGGAACCCUGUAGUAAACUUUCCAAUGUUUUCCCUUUUGCAUGAAAUAAAUUCAUUUCUUAUGUUUUGUACAUUUUGAAGCUCUAUUUAAACAUUUUUUAGCUUAAAUGUUUGCUUCUAAGUAAACAAACACACCUUUAGGAUGUUUAUUUACCAGACUGUUGUAAAGUGCAUGUGUGUACUCUACUGCAGAACAAACUUCCCUCCACUUUACACCCCGCCCUCCAGUACUCUAUAGGAGACCACAUUUAAAAUGAAACCCCACCUGAAAUCUCCCAGAGACCAAUCCGCUAGAGAAAGGUCAGCGCCGAGGGCACACCCUCCGUUGUUCAAAGCCAAUCAGAUUGGAAGGGCAGCAUUUUGCCUGAGGGUAAAACUUACCCCUGGAUGUGUUAAUUACGCAUCACUAAGCUGUUGCCAAUGUGUUCACAACCGUGGACUAUCUUUUGGGCUUUUUGCAGCGGUUGUCUUCAUUCUUUAGUCAGUUUAGUAUGGAAAGUAGACAACAAUGGCUUACCAGGCUGAAAAAUGAACUUAGCAACAGUCCGCUGGUAUCAAAUGUGGCUUUUGGGUUCAUCCUCAUGGGACUAGAGAAGCUCGUGGAGCUGGAGUUUGAGUGUCCUUGCAACCCUACGUGGAAUGGAGCGUUUUCAUCAGCAUUCUUCAUCAUUCCUGCUGUCAUGGCCUUCACCUUGAUGCAGAUCAUCCAGGGAUGCAGGUGCAACGUGUGGUGCAGGAAAAUGGUUUCCCUCUCUAGUUUCGUUCCUGCUGUCGUUUGGCUGAUCUUGUUGUUCCUGGACGGCCAGUACUUUGCCUGUGCUAUGACAGACUGGGAUGGAAGAUUUGUCCUUGUUGACAAGGCAGCUCCGCAGAAGUGGUGUGAGCCAGUUACAGAGGGAGACGUCACCCCACAAGAAUUAAUGCUCCGCUCACAGCGGUUGUUUGUGUUUUCUCAGGUAAUAGGAAUAAUCCUCCUGAUUUUCAUCUGUGUGGGUCUGGUAGUGUAUGUAAUCAGAGAAAGCUCCCAACAGGAGGUGGAGAUGCAAGAUGCAGAUGUGGCUGAGCUCACCGUGCUCAGGAUGAGCUCUCUACGAACCAGAACAUCAUGAGUGGACCUACCCUGUCCUACACAGACACUUUGUAAAUACCACAAAAAGACUUGACAGGAGUUUUUUUUUAAUCGCCCCCCAGGAUAUUUUGGGGCAUUUAAAGAUAUUUGAAAAUCUGUGUGAAAAUUCUCCAUCAGGUCAUAGUAAUGUAAGUGUUUCGACAUUUGACAACUGGACUUCUCUUUGUGUUUUUUUUCUUGAAAUAUUCCUCUAAAGUAAAUGUGUGUCGAAUGAUCACCUCAUGUCACCAUGUACACUGUUCAAAGAAAUACUGUGUUUUUUGUAUAAAUAUUGAGGAAUGAGUAUACAUAAAUGUCCUCUCUUGGUGCUUCCUCACCUGGGUCACCAGUGCAGCAAUUUCAUUCCUAAUCAAGGUGUGGGUUAAUAUAUUUUAAAUCUGGUAUUUUCUGUUUUCUUUGUUUUAUUGCUAUAGUUGAGAUGAGACUAAAUAUGUUUGAUCAGGUAAAAAUAAAUAAUAAUAACAAAUUGAUCUAAUUUCAGCACCUUGCAAAAGUAUUCGUACCCAGUAAACAUUUUUACAUUUUGUCACAAAGUGACUGCAACAUUCAAUGUAUUUCCUUUGGGAUUUAUACAAUAGAACAAAACAAAGUAGCUUGCAAAUAUGAAGUAGAAGGAAGAGAAAAAACAAAAAAUUUGAGAAGUCGACUGCACAUUUGUAUUCAACUGACCUGAUUGUUGUACAUCUAGACUUAACUGCAUCACUGUUUCUACUAGAAAAAAAAGUAUUCCAACAGAAUGAUGAUGUCAUAUUCAACAGUUUUGGAUAUUGUUUUAUCACCUAGCCCUCUCCAAACUUCUACACAACUAACUUGUCUAGUGUUUUAAUUGGUCUUCCUGAUUAUUGUUCUUUGACCAACCUCUGAGGUCUUUACAGAACUUACAUUGAAAUUAAGUUUCUCAAAGUCAGAUUCUAAUAAAAGUCACAUAUCAGGUGACUUGCAUAGGUAUCCAGUUGGGGUGGAUUUUUUUUUUUCAGGCAAUACAGUAUUUGAGGUUUAAUACAAAUGCAUACCACACUUGAAAUAGAUUUUUAUUUAUUUAUUGUUUACUUUAUUUACUCACAAAUCUGGUAUCCUUAUUCACUUUACAUUGCUGUGUAAAGUGCAAUGUACACAGCACUAUUUUUCUGUGUCCAUGUUGACACAGAAAAAUAAAAUUCAGUACAAUAAUUGAAGUUCAUAGUUGUGAAUUCUGAAGCACAAUUACAAGUACCUUUGGAAAACACUGUAAUUAUAAAUCACAGAAAAUGUUUUAAAAUAGUAAGAUUUGUUAAAAACAAUAACUGGUUUGUCUGUAUACCCACCCACCAAUAAGUUUGAUUUCUUAAACUUCUACCUGGUUACAAGCAUGAAUAAAGUGAGAAUAAAUAUCAAACUUUUUCCAAAAAUUCUACAUUUUUGUAGAAUUAUAUAUAUAUACAUAUAUAUAUAUAUAUAUAAAACACAGAUUGCUUUGUGGCAUUUUAUAAACUUUUCACCCAUUUAUUUUAUGAUUUUUAAUCUGUAUUUUUUAAUACAAUGUUUUUUUGUUUAAUUUGUUAACUAUAUUGCCUCAUAAGGUGUGUCCGCCAGGCAGCUAAUAUUGUUUUGUCCUUUAUUAUUCUUUUAUGCUAAAAAAUAAUAAAAAUGUUCCU